AUGAGUGAUAAACAGCAAGAUAUUCAACCAGAAAUUUUAGCUAUGGAUAAACCAGACCUCCCUGUUGAACAGGAGCCUCGUAAAGAUGAAACUACGACCGAAGGUCUCGAAGAAACUGGAAGUACGGCGAGUAAAAAGGUUAGAAUGUUGCGUAGUCGCAAAAAAUCAGCAAAAACUAGACUCACUAAAGCUAGAAAUCAACUCGCAGACCUUGUAGACAAGAAAGAUCUUGGACUAGGCAGCUUAGCAACUAAAACUGAAAUAAGAAAAGCAGUUUUCAAAGUUGAAAGCGAGUUCAAUAUUAUUAUCAAGCUAAUUUAUAACCUUAAAGAAAUUAUUGCACUUGAAGACAGCGAUGAACAAACGGAUAUUGACGAGAUUAUUGAAGCCCUUGACAAAGAAGUAGAACUAACGGAUAUUGUUGACACUGCUGUAAAACGUGCUAAAGAGCAUAUACAACAACGACUAGCGAUGGGUGAAGAAAAAUCGGAUACAGCCUCAUUUUUAUCAAAGGACAAUUUUAAUGAUGAUCAAAGUUCAAUAUUAUCUAUUCAAUCCUCAUUGGCAUUGAAGAGACGUAAAGAAGCUGAAGAGUCAAAGGAGAGACUUUUAGCUUUAGAAAAAGAACAGCAACAAGAAGAGGAAGAACUGCAAAGGCGAGUCGCUGCACUGCAACUAACCAAGCAAAGAACCGAAGAAGCACGACAAGUGGUGGUCAUCAAUGAAACAAGAGCAACUGCAGCUGAAAACGAUGCAACGACUGAGGCGGAAGCGGUGUCUAUGAAAAACCUAGAGUCGCACAAAAAGCAGUUUGUGUUUGAAAUGCCUGACCUUCCUGCCAAACAAUGCCCAGCUGAAACCGAACAUCUUCAACGACGACUUGCACCCAUAAAAUUAAAAGGGGUAGAACUGCCUACAUUUUCAGGAGAAGUCAAAGCGGACUAUGCACCAUGGAAAGCCGCGUUCAUGUCAGUUGUGGACGAGGCUGCUAUAUCUACGAAAGAGAAAAUGCUGCGCCUCCAGAAUAGUUUGACGGGAAAAGCAUUAAGGAUGGUUAAGGACUUGGGUUUCACUGUCAAUGCAUACGAGAGGGCGAAAGAGAAACUAGAGAAAAAGUACGGCGGGGAAAUAAGACUUCAGAUAUCAAAUCUGACGACACUUCGUGGGUGGUCGAAAUUGAGACCAAACAACUUAGAGGAUAUGGAAGAAUUCUUGGCACUAUUGGACAGAGUAUUAGUGUCAUUACGAGAUAGUGGACAUGGAGCAGAGACGAAUGGACAGAAUCUUAAUUUGACAGCGAAAGAGAAAUUGUCAGCAAAGGAUGUUGAAGCAUAUAAAUACUGGUUGUUUGAACGAAGUGAACGAGACACCUUCGAGAAUCUUGUGAGUUGGCUGGAGAUGAAGGUGCAAAUAAUGGACGAGACCAAAGACGAGAGGCGAGACGACAAGAGUGCUGACAAGGUUGAGAAGAAAAGACGAGAUUGUGGAUUUGGUACUAACAACAAGCGAAGACCAAGAGGAUGUGUGGUAACGACCUGUAAGGAAGACCAUCCGCCAUGGGUCUGCCCAUUAUUUAAGAAAAUGACUGUUCUCGAACGAAAAGAGCUUAUCUCGAAAAGUGGACGGUGUUUCCGAUGCCUGGCAAUGGGGCAUCAAAGUAGAGAUUGCAACAACGCAAGAAAGUGUGGAAUUGAUGGCUGUACAAGCGACCGUCAUAGUAGAUAUCUUCACGAGAAUAACCAGCUACGACCUGAUGACUCGUCAACCCACCAAACUCGGAGCAAGAACCCUGAGGAUUCCUCACCCCCCAUUACCAAACCUCAAGAUGACGCCCGAGAGACAACCCACGCAACCAACAAAGUCGACAAUGUAUCGUUGAUGGUCUUACCGGCUCUCAUCACGAAUGGAAGAAAGAAAUUGAAAGUAAACGUGAUGUUGGAUCCUUGCUCUACUGGAACUUAUGUGACAGAGAGUGCUUCGCACGAACUUGAUUUACGCGGCCAAGUUCAAAGUUUGACAAUUUCCGGGACGGGUGGAUCUCAAGUCAAGAAACAAUCUCGCCGAGUUGAACUGUCCGUGACCAGUCUUAAUGAAGAAUUUUCAACUAAGUUGCAUGCAAACGUGCUUAAAAAUAUCACAGGAGAGACUCCUGCAUUUCAGUGGUCAGAGCUGAAGGGAAAGUGGCCACACAUUGAGUCAAUUCCUUUCGAUAGUAUAUCGAGAGGGAGUCAGAUUGAUGUCCUCAUCGGGAGUGAUCAUCCUAUCGUCCAUCCUAAAGAUGAUGAUCCUAUCGCACGACUGACCAACUUGGGUUGGGUCUGUUUCGGCCCAGCACUGUCUUCCAGAUUCCGUAGUGACACUCGAACUCAUACUAACAGAACAUACCAGGCAGCAGACGCCUCCUCAACCGAGCAAGCGACCAAUGACGCACUACGAAGAUUCUGGGAUCUUGAAUCAUUGGGCAUCAAGGAUGACUCGGGUCAACCAACAUUGACACCUGACGAGCAAGCCGCAGUUGAUCAGCUUCAAGAAACACAAAAGUUGAAGGACGGGAAUUAUGAAAUUGGAAUUCCUUGGCGAAAAUUUGAACCGAGGUUCAGUGAAAAUUACGACAUGGCGUUAUCCAGGCUUGAGAGCCUGGAAAAGUCUCUAUCGAAGAAAGGCCCUGGGGUGAAGACAGCUUACCAGUGAAUCAUCGACGACUAUAUAGCAAAAGAUUACAUAAGAAUAGUGACUAAGACAGAUGGAAAUCAGUGGUUUCUGCCACACUUCCCGGUUGUAAGAGAAGAUAAAUCUACUACCAAGGUUCGUGUUGUGUUCGACGCCGCCGCUCAACACAAGGGAAAGAGUCUCAACGAUGCUAUUUUACCUGGCCCGAAGCUACAACGCGAGUUGUUCGAUGUGUUAAUACGGUUCCGUCGUGCUCCAGUGGCUCUCUCAGCUGACAUAUCAGAGAUGUUUCUGCAAGUUCGAUUGCGAGAGGAAGAUCGUCCUUUUCACCGGUUCCUGUGGCGGAGUUUCGAGACUGCAAGAGAACCAGAUGUGUAUGAGUUUCAACGCCUUCCGUUCGGGAAUACUUCAUCGCCAUUUUGUGCUCAACAUAUGAUGUUGCUCACAAUAUGCACGUCCAAGCUCAUGCCACAGAGUAUCCAAAGGCUGCCGAGACAGUCGACAACUCGAUGUACGUGGACGACGUCCUCGAUUCGUGUGAGACCACCCAAGAAGCCCAAGUUCUACAAAGUGAACUGUCGAUCGUCUUACGCAAAGCUGGUUUUAAUCUUAGAAAAUGGUUGUCUAAUGAGCCAUCUGUAUUGAAAGAUGUACCGUUUGAAGAUAAAUUGGCAAGUCUCCAUGUUCUGGCCUGCAUGCGGGUUUCCUGAUCUGAUGAAGGGGCCCUGAACAGCUACGAGCCUUGAAGGAUCAGAACACUCCAAAUCCAAGAUGAGGAUCUUCCUGCUCAUAAAACGUUGGGAGUACUAUGGAAAGCAAAAGAAGAUACAUUCACUUUUAAAGUCGACGUACCUGAGACCAAGGGAAACCCAACGAAGAGAAGCGUGUUGAGUGCUAUCGCCGCCUUAUUCGACCCUCUUCAAUUCCUCGCACUGUUCACAGUGCGACCGAAAGUCCUGAUGCAGGAGUUAUGGAUAGCAGGUAUUGGUUGGGACGACGUGUUACCCAGUCAACUUUAAGUGAAAUGGAAUCAGUGGAUCUCGGAACUUCCAGAGCUGUUGCAGUUCACGAUCCCUCGCUGCUUACGACAACCAAAUCCGAAAGAGACUGACCUGCAUGUAUUCUCUGAUGCCUCUGAGAAUGCAUAUGCAACGGCCGCCUAUCUCGUGAGUCAUUACCCCUCAACACCACCUACAUCCUGCCUCAUUGCUGCUAAAAGUCGUGUAUCCCCAAUCAAAGCUACAACCAUUCCUCGACUGGAGCUGAUGGGAGCUGUGCUGUCAACUCGAGUGGCGAAAAGCAUUACACAAGUUCUCUCAGUUGCAACUGUUAAUUUUUGGACGGACUCGACUAACGUUUUAUUUUGGGUUCGCAACCAAAGUCGCAGCUUUAAGCCUUUUGUGGCCAACGACAGACCCAACGCAGUGGAGGCAUGUUCCCGGAAAGCUUAAUCCCGCUGAUCUGCCAACCAGAGGUGCCUCCGCCAAAGAUCUCAUCGAAAGCAAGUUCUGGAAAGAAGGUCCUGAAUUCCUGAAAGCGGACAAGUCAACAUGGCCAGAAAAACUACCAACGACAGUCGUUGAUGAAUUCGAGCAUAGCGAAGGGAAAAGGGUGUCAAAAACACAUCUCACCCAGAGCCCCAACGAAGAUACCACGAGCGAAGUUUUUAUGGACCCCACAAAGUAUUAUUGUCUCCAACGCCUGGUCCGUGUUACAGUGUGGAUAUUACGGUUUGCAAGGAACUGCAAGUUGUCAAAGGAAAGGAGAGUACUAAGCGCAACACUCGUGUCAGAGGAUAUCACCGAAGCCGAGACCGUGUGGCUACGAUGA